AUGUAGCAUUUUGCAUUUUUGUUCAGUGUUAGUGUUUAUAUUUUUAUCGUAGGUUAUCUUCUAUUCUAAAGGAUAAUCAUUGCAAGCAGGAAUCAAGUUUAACUUAUAAUUUUAAAAAUGAACUACUACAGAUUAAGUAUGUUUAAGUAGUUUUUUAUACUUAUUCUAAAAUAGUGUGGUGGUAACUUAUUUUUUAAAAUUACAUUUUGUUCUAUUAGGCUACCUACUAGCCUAUUUUAAGGAGUGGAGUGGAGCUCAUCAAUUUCACUUGAAGAAAUAGGCCUAUGUGUUUUUGCAAGUAUAUUUUUCAGCAAGCCUGGUUAAUCAAUCAAUCUGAAAUAUUACCAUACUACAGCUACACAAAUACUUCUAGGCUAGAAAGUAGGCCUAUAAAGUCUUAUGCUAGGCCUUAAUUUAAGUUUAGAUCAAGCCUAACUUAAUUUAGGCCUAGAGGUUUGCUUGCACCAACCAAUUUUGUAGAAUUCUUCAUGAAUUUUGUCAUCAUGAACAAGGCCUAGUCCUACGAUUUAUCAAUUAAUUUACAAAAUUAAAAUUGUUGGUGGCAUAGACUAACAUUCAAUUCAAGAUGAAUAAUGAAGAGAGUCGGUUAAGAACUUUUAGAAACUGGCCAUCAAAUGCUCCAGUUGAUCCCAGGAGGAUAGCUAAAGCUGGAUUUUACUACAUGGGGCAAAACCUAGAGGUUCAGUGUUUUAAGUGUGGGGCAAGGAUUUCAGAAUGGAAUUAUAAUGAUCAAGUCAUGGCUAGACACAGAACUUUAGAUCCAAGAUGUCCUUUUGUACUCAGUCCUGCACUCUCUGGAAACAUACCAAUUACAAGCAACGGCAUUGGAUUGCAAGUAAGUUCUCCGGAAGAAAAUAGUAAUCUCACUACUACAAGAUCAAAUGUAGUUCAAGGGUCAGCUGCUGGAAGUGUUGAAGAGAAUAAAAUGUAUGAUGAGCAGAUGAGACUAGACACAUUCUCCAAUUGGCCUGUACCAUUUAUUGUAACUCCAGAAAGCUUGGCUAAAGCAGGAUUUUACUAUGUUCGACAAGGAGAUAAGGUUCGUUGUGCAUAUUGUUCUGUGAUUAUCGGACGCUGGGAGCGAGGAGACGACCCCCUAGAGGAGCAUCGGCGCCACUCAGAGGGUUGUAGUUUCAUCCAAGCACUGAACUUUUCUGUACCUGAUAACACAAACACUUCUGGAAUAACAUUGAGACAAGUCGCUGGCGACUGCUCGGAGAGCACAAUGAAAUCGCUUGGUGUGCAGAGUCACAGGGUAGCCAAGCACCCCAAGUACUCCAGUAAGGACUCUAGGCUUGCCACUUACACUACGUGGCCAGGAGAUGUGACACAGUCUCCUGACGACCUGGCCGAGGCGGGCUUCUACUACGCUGGCAGUAGUGACCAGGUUCGGUGCUUCCACUGCAACGGAGGUCUGCGUAAGUGGGAUCCAAGUGAUGACCCAUGGGUGGAGCACGCACGGUGGUUCCCAGAUUGUGGCUUCCUGCUGCUGAUCAAGGGAGAGAAGUUCAUUAACACUUGUCUGACUCAACAUCCACCAAUAUUGCUAGAGGAGGCCACUAUUACAAAUACCAGGCCGGUAGAGUGUUGUCUGCACCCAGUGUCCGAGGAGGAACUGGAGAGAUUGAUGAGCAGUCCAGCAGCUACGACAGCCCUGCAGAUUGGGUUGGACCUGUCCCGGGUAAAGUCUGCGUUGAGGCAGCGUGUUGAGCGGACGGGUCAGCCGUUCACUUCACCUGACGACCUCAUUGAAGCUACCCUAGAUAUACAGCUGGACGAAGUGCCUUACCAAGACUCAGAAGAAACAUGGAGUACUCCUCUGCACUCUCCCGUCCAUCGCAGGCCCAAUGAGAGACUCUUGUCUCGACUGAGAGAUCAGAUAACCUCGUCCAGAGAUUCCUCAGACUCAGAAGAAUCUGAAUCCCAUCUCAAAAAAGUUUCAGUUGCAGAGAAGUCCCCGCCUCCCAACACUAGUGUGCCUGACAUCAACACAAUCGGAACGGACAGGAAAGUUACACUGGAGGAGGAGAUCCGUCGUCUGCGGGAAGCAAGGCUGUGCAAGAUUUGCAUGGAUAGCGAAGUGUGUAUUGUGUUCCUACCGUGCGGCCACCUAGUGACUUGCGUCAACUGUGCACACAGUCUCAGCGACUGUCCGGUGUGUCGACGGACGAUUAAAGCCACUGUGCGGACAUUCCUGUCCUGACUCGCCUGCGGUCCGUCCAGGUCAGCAGGUUGAUACAUGCUGGUAAACGUAUCUCUUGAUCCAAUUAUUACAGAAUCGUUGAAAACCUAUUAUUUUAAUAAAUAUUCAUGUGAACAAAGUUUUAAGUUAUGAAUUGUAAAUAACUAAAAUGUAUCAUGUGUAGGCACCUACUUAUUUUUAACAAAUCAUAUUUUGACUUAAUCAACAUUUAAUGGUUUUAAAUUGAGUUUUUUGAAUAGAUUUAGUCAGGAUCAGAAGUGUGAUUUGACCAAAAAUGUGUAAAUAUUGGUAAUGAUUAUUUUCUGCUUUAUCAGUAGGCGCAAUUGAUAGACAUGUCCCCUAUUUUUUUAUUAAAACCAUUUCAUCAAGGGAGGUUGAAAGUGGUGAUGAUUAAAAAAAAAAAGAAUUAAAAAUAACACACUCUAAAUCGUCUGUAAUUUUAGCGAAUCUUACUAAUAUUAUAAACCUGAAAGUUUGUGAGUUUGUGUGUUGCUCAAUCACGCAUAAACUACUGGACGGAUUGGGCUGAAAUUUGGCAUGAUGAUAGCUCACAUUCCCUAUUAACAUUUAGGCAUAUUCUUAUCUCAAAAAUCCUUUCGGGCUCCGCCCCAGUGGGUCUGCAGUUCCCCAUGUUAACCUUAUGAGUAUUCAUAUUUAAAGGGAAUUAAAGAAUUUAGUCAGCUGUUUCAACUUAAAAAAGUUGGUUCUAUAAUAUGCAAUAGCAUUAAAAAGUUAUAAGGUUUCCCAACAGGGUUUCCCACUACGUUCCAAGCAGUGCUGCUAUCUGUGGGUGUUUAGCGAACUACGUCGACUCUCGUUGUAGGCCUAAAGCAGGACAUCCCUGCACGUUAGUUGCUAUUCGUCAGACCGAAAUUGGAAAGUCAAUCACACGCGGCAAUCGGGUUUGUUCGACGCUGCGGGCUACGCCGCACUGGGGAUUUGCCUGCCAUUUGACGUGGCGCAGCGAACGUGUUAAUGUUGUACAAGCGCUACAAAACUACCAACAAAACAAACAAUAGUUUCUGAUGAGAAGGGUACUCAAUUUAAAAACUCUAUGGAAUAAAGCUGAUAAAAUAUCUUACAAAGAGGCUAAAACUUUAUACAACUAUUGCGAAACGUAACAAUUAUCUUUGAUUUUAUCUUACUAAUAUUAUAAAUGUGAAAGUUUGUGUGUUUUUUUAUUUGUUUGUUUGUUUGUUUGAAGUUCAAUCACUCAUUAACUACUGGAUUGAUUGGGCUGAAAUUUGGCAUGAUGAUAGCUCACAUUCCCUAUUAACAUUUAGGCAUAUUCUUAUCUCAAAAAUCCUUUCGGGCUCCGCCCAGUGGGUCUGUAGUUCCCCAUGUUAACUUUAUGAGUAUUCAUAUUUAAAGGGAAUUAAAGAAUUUAGUCAGCUAUUUCAACUUUACAAGUUGGUUCUAUAAUAGCAUUAAAAAGUUAUAAGGUUUCCCAACAGGGUGCAGCACUAUUAUUAUUUUGUUUGUCCGGCAAUUCCAAUUAUCUGGCAUUGGUCUAAAGGUCAUAAAAUUAUUUUAUUUUAAUUAGCGUGUUUGGCAGUGUUGGAAGCAAAUGGCAGAUGCUGGGUGGGAUCGGCAGGCAUUAGGAGCAAACGGCAGAGGUCGGUUGAAGUCAAUGGAAAUCAGGGACAAUUUAUUAUAACUUAUUUUAUAUUUUUAGCAUUUUAUAUCACUAAUAAAAUAUAAAAAUCAAUAAAGAGACAAAUGGUCAACUGUAAAACCUCACUACCGUAACAAUUUAACUUUUUUUAACUUGACAAUUUGUGGAUCCAGAGGUGUUCGAGUUUGGGGGUUGUCGAGUUACCCAGAAUGGCCAGAACAUUGACAUUUUUAUUGGGUUUUAAUAAAUUAAUACAUAAUAGACUGAUUAUUACACAUUAAUUACAAUAAUUAAAUUAAUUACAAUUUAAUUAAUUUACACAUUAAUUGCAUGAGUAUUUUUGCGUAUUGAGUAAACAAUCUUCGUCAACCUAAAGCCCAAUGGUAGUUGUCUAAACUUAACUAACAGAUUGCAACACGUCAAGUAUAACUUUGAGCUUUUAUUGUUGAGUUUUACCCGCAUACAUAGCUGUGAAAGGUUUUAAUAGACAUAAUACAUUAAAAUAAGUGAAUUUGUUGCUUGAAAUUGACAAUAUUUUAUUCUAGCACAAAUGUAAAUGUUAAUUAUCUGGGAUUGUUAUAUAGGCCUAAGCUGUAUUUGUAAUCAGUACUAAGUGCCCACAAUUCUAUAGCAUAUUUCAUUUCUGUUUUUGUACUAAUGAAUCAACUUUAGCUAAAUUUCUUAUCCGCACAAUUGUAAUUUUAAAAAAUUGCCUGUUUUUAUAAAUGUUUUUACAUAAAAGAUUCUGAACUGUUUGUUGUUAGAAGUUGAGGUUUUAUUAGUUAAACUUACGAUUUGACUUAACUUUUUUUAAUUUCUUUUGAGUCAUAGUGUACUUGGAUUUACUUUUAGGUAGUAAGCCAAUGUCCAAUGAAUUCUUUAAGUGUAUAAAUAGAUAAUUCAGAUUCUGAAUGACAGGUUAUCUGCUAAAGUUAUUUUGGUACAUAAUUUAGUUCUUAUUGUUAUCCUGAUAUAGUUUGGCGUCUGUGGGAAAGCAUGUUUUAUAACUAUUUGUGAUCUUAGUCCGUAGCACUGUACAUUGACUAUUUUAUUUAUCGGAGGAGAAUCAUUAAAUGAUUAGGCAUUUUAACAUUG